ACUUGCUUUGCUCAAAUGUUCGUGAUGCCCGUCUUGUUUUGAAUUAAGUUAUUUUUAAAUCCAAUAAUGCAUUUUAAAAAGACAUUUCAGAUCACUGCUGGAGAUAGAAGCUCAAUAUCACUCACCAGAAAUAGAAGAUAACUGAGAAUCCAUGUCAUGGAAGUGAAGCAGGGUUGUUCAGUUCUAUAGGCUGGUCUGAUUUAGGCUCUAGGGGGUGAGCAGCGAUUGUUCCUUCCUUAUUCCAGAACGAGGGCAAAAAAUUGUGACCACCUCACUGUGCUCAUCAAAACGAGGCAAAAUCAUUGAAAAGGCAGUAUGUGAGCCUGGACGCUUCAUUCAGUGGUAAAGUGACGGCUUGCAUGCGUGAAGCCCUAGGUUUGAUGAUUAAUAACAACAAUAAUAAUGAUAAUAAUAAUAAUAAUGGUCAAGUGUAGUGGUGCGAGCCUGUAGUUCCAGCACUCAGGAGACAGAGGCAGUGGGAUCAGGAGUUCAGGGAAAUCCUCUACUAAAAAGCAAGUUUGAGACCAACCUUGGCUACAUGAGACCCUGCCUCAAAAUAAUAAUAAUAAUAAUAAAGCCAUAGCUUACAGAAGGGUAUUGGAUAAAAACCAUCCAAUAUCAAGUCAAUAUGGCCCCACUUUAGCAAAAGAUCUGUAUGCUUUAUGUUACCACAGGGAGCAUGGGUAUGUGGUAUCAUGCCCAACUAGGAAGGGAAACAGGACAUCAUAUUCCUGACUCCUGAGCCAGGGCACUCAGAGGGCAAGGUCUGCAUCUCAUGCCGGGUGGCGUGUGACCAAGUCUUCAUGUCUUCCCUUUCUAGACAUGGAACAGACAGAAGGAAGUCCCUCUGAGGACAGGAUCACUGUCUCUCCAACUGCUGGGAAUCUUGGGCCACCAGGAAGUCAGAGCACUACAGAGGAGGUGGCUGAAGGCACAGCUGGGACAAGUGUGAAAGAAGGGUCUCCAGGUGAGGCAGGACAGCAGUGUGAAGCCGCAUCUGAGGGUACGGUGUCAGGGCGGCGCCCAGAGGAUGAAAACGGAUCCAAAGAGCUCACGGCAGACACGCAAGAGGAGGCCAGUGGGAAGGAGGGAGCCAAGGCUGAGCUUGCAGAGGAGGAGGGCGGGAAGGAAGAGACCACCACGGCUUCUGAGGGAGAGGCUGGCAAGAAAGAAGAGACAACACCGGAACCCAGUGAGGUUAAAGGGAAAGAGGAGACCACGCCGACCUCGGAGGCGCAGAAAGCUGACGGAAAGGAGGCUGAUCUGGACGCUAAGGACAAAUCGGAUGUGAAUGAUAAAGUCAAGCCUGAACCCAAGGAUGGUGUUGAGGCAGAGGCUACUGUUGAAAAGGCUGAGACGGAAUCUCAGCAGAAGGCUGAUGUAAAAGACCAGGCCAACGCUGAACUUGAGGCAGCUGAUGGGACAGAGACCGGAAGUGACGCAAAGGAGCUGCAGGAGCUGGGGAGUCCCACAGAAGAGCAGGAGCAGGGAAAGGAGAAAGAAUCAGAAGAAAGGGCAGCGGUGAUUCCCAGCUCCCCCGAGGAGUGGCCUGAGAGCCCCACAGAUGAGGGACCCAGCCUCAGCCCAGAUGGCUUGGGUCCAGACUCCACAGCGUCUGGAGAGACCAGUCCUUCGGCCAGUGAGUCUUCACCCAGUGAUGUGCCCCAGAGCCCCACGGAGCCCCCAUCCUCGGUGGAAAAGAAGGAGAGAGCACCAGAACGCAGGGUGUCGGUCCCUACCCGGCCCCGGGGACCCCGUGCACAGAAUCGCAAAGCCAUCGUGGACAAGUUCGGCGGGGCAGCCUCGGGCCCCACUGCACUGUUCCGGAACACAAAGGCAGCCGGGGCAGCCAUUGGUGGUGUUAAGAACAUGCUUUUGGAGUGGUGCCGGGCCAUGACAAGAAACUAUGAGGUGGGCAUGGGCUGGGGAUACAGAAGGGGCAGGGGACACCUUUCUCCAGGGCAAGUGUGCCGCGGAGAAUCUGAGGGUCCAGAUUCCAAAGGAUGGGAAAGGCAAAGCCCAGACCCUCUGGCCCAAGGUCGCUUAGGUCUUUCGUUCCCUGUCCGUCUAUCUCAGCACGUGGACAUCCAGAACUUCUCCUCCAGCUGGAGCAGCGGCAUGGCCUUCUGUGCCCUCAUCCACAAGUUUUUCCCAGACGCCUUCGACUAUGCAGAGCUGGACCCAGCAAAGCGCAGGCACAACUUCACGCUAGCCUUCUCCACUGCAGAGAAACUAGCCGACUGUGCCCAGCUGCUGGAAGUGGAUGACAUGGUGCGGCUAGCCGUGCCCGACUCCAAGUGUGUCUACACCUACAUCCAGGAGCUGUACCGUAGCCUCGUGCAGAAAGGGCUGGUGAAGACGAAAAAGAAAUGAAGGGCAAAGUCGUGCUGGUGGAGGAAGCAAGGUGGGGACAGCCGACAGCCAUGGCCUUGAGGUGCUUCUGAGGUGCUUCACGCCGCCAGGCGCGAAACAGGUGGCUCCAGUCCCGGUGUCAUUAAAAGUGCUUUUGUAAAGUUCCUCUCGUUCCUUGAUGCUCCCCGCACCCCAACGAGCCACACGUGUGUGCAAUAGGCAGCGGCCAAAAAUAAAAAGAAGCCUGCAUUUGGAGCUGUGGGUGGCAGUUUCCCAGCCCCCCCCCUCCACGUCUCCCCCACAGUGGGGGGAUUUCUAGACAGGAAGUAGACCAUCUCUAGAAAUCUCACCCAACUGGGCUGCCGCACCCGGCCAGUAAGUGGCGCUCUCGAGAUGGAUGGCAAUUCUAACUCGAUGGUUUUCAAAUGAAACAAAUCCCUCCCAGUGUGUCUGAAGUUUCCGCCUUGUGUUAACGCCACUGUGUUGAAGCUCAGUGGGUGAGAGAGCACUGGUCUGGCGUCCAUGAAGCUGUGGGUUCAUUCCCUAGCACCAGCGAGGGGAAAUCAGACAGGCUGCCCAGGCUAUAGGAAGAAAUGUGGCCUCUGCUGACUGACAGAUGUCCAUUGGAAGGCGUCCUGAGGAUGGUCCACUCAGGGCCAGCAUUCCUGAUCGUGUGUGGACAAUAGCCACUAGAAGCAGGGUCACACUCUUUAUCAGUCCUCAGCCAGCCCUCCUUCUAAUGAAACAUUUAACCCAAGCAGCUCAGAAGGCAAAAGGUACAGGCCACCAAGCCAGAUGGGUGGCCUUGGUUGAAUCCUUAGGACCUACAUAGUGAAGGAGAAAACUCUCUCCCAAGAAAUGUUCUUGUACCUCUGCUCCCAGGCCUUGGUGUGCUCACCCACCGUACACAAAGACUCAAAAUGAAAAUGCAACAAAAGCUUUAAAAAAAAAAAAAAACCCUUUCCUCUCAUGGAAAACUUAGCUGAACUCUGGGAUUCAUCUGUG